AAGAUUGGAGAGUUUAGUGGCCGUUAGUUCUUUUCCAUGUUUGUUUUAUUAUCUUUGUACAAUUUAAAAUUUUGGCUUCAUUCAUUGGAAACUCCUACGAGUGGUUCUAAACAACAAAAGAAAGGUGCGAACCCAUUGUUAUUGUUAAGCUUAUCAACUCCAUUUCUGUAGAAACAGAAAGCGUAUGAUAAGAUAACUCAAGCGGAGUGUUUUUUCAGUGUUUCUCCUUUUUGGGUUGGCUUUUCCUGCAUCUUUGCGUUAAAAGGCCAAGUGGGUUAUUUUCAAGGGAGAAAAAGAAUUGAUUUUUUAAAAAUUUUUUUGUGCUGAAUUAAGAUUAUUGAAGGAGGGAAAUUUGCAUAGACAAGGUAAACAAAGAAAGAAAGAAAAAAAUAAAAAAAUAAAAAUAAAAAUCUGGUUUUGAACAUGACCGUCGCAUUACUAUGGGUUGCAACACCAAGUACAGAGGCUUCCAAUUCAUUUGGGUUUCUCCAUUCGGUUCGGGUCUUAGAUUCGUCGAAAGUUGGUUCUCUAGAUCGGAAUUUGACGUUUAAGGGAAGAGCAAAAAAGGGUAGGAGUCAAAAAUGGAAGUCAAGCUCAGUUAAUAUAGAUUUGAGGAAUCCUUGUAUAGGUAGUGGAAGCGAAUUCCCUGUAUUAGCAAGUAUGAUUGCCAGUCCAGCUGGAGAAAUGGCUAUCUCGUCAGAGGAGAAGGUAUACAAUGUGGUGAUGAAGCAGGCAGCUUUGGUUAAAAAGCAAUUAAGGUCUAAUCAAGAUCUUGAUGUGAAACCAGAUAUUGUUCUUCCAGGAAAUCUGAGUUUGUUGAGUGAAGCUUACGAUAGAUGUGGAGAAGUUUGUGCUGAGUAUGCAAAAACAUUUUACUUGGGAACUUUGCUGAUGACUUCUGAAAGAAGAAGAGCUAUCUGGGCAAUAUAUGUGUGGUGUCGCAGGACAGAUGAGCUUGUUGAUGGGCCUAAUGCUUCACACAUAACGCCAACAGCUUUAGAUAGGUGGGAGGCAAGGUUGGAAGACCUUUUCCGAGGUCGUCCAUUUGAUAUGUUUGAUGCUGCUUUAUCAGACACGGUUACUAAAUUUCCUGUUGACAUUCAGCCAUUCAAAGAUAUGAUUGAAGGAAUGAGGCUGGACCUGAAGAAAACAAGAUAUAAGAACUUUGAUGAGCUUUAUCUUUACUGUUAUUAUGUUGCUGGGACGGUUGGAUUGAUGAGUGUUCCGGUCAUGGGCAUUGCACCUGAAUCACAGGCACCAACUGAGAGCGUCUAUAAUGCUGCCUUGGCAUUAGGAAUAGCAAAUCAGCUUACCAACAUACUCAGGGAUGUGGGAGAGGAUGCAAGAAGAGGAAGGAUUUAUUUACCACAAGAUGAGCUCGUGCAGGCUGGACUUUCAGAUGAUGACAUAUUUGCUGGGAAAGUGACAGAUAAAUGGAGAAAUUUUAUGAAGAGUCAAAUUAAGAGGGCAAGGAUGUUCUUCAAUGAGGCAGAGAAAGGAGUGACCGAGUUGAGUGCCGCAAGUAGAUGGCCGGUAUGGGCAUCUUUAGAAUUAUAUCAGAAAAUUCUAGAUGAGAUAGAAGCCAAUGAUUACAAUAACUUCACAAAGAGAGCAUAUGUAAGCAAAGCCAAGAAGUUAGCUUCUUUACCAAUUGCAUAUGCAAGAUCAUUUGUUGGGCCAUCAAGAAUCUCAACUCCUUUGAGGAAGGCAUAAAUGUCAAAUCAUGAACAUCAUAUAUAGAAGAAAAGGGAAAAAUACCAUAAUUAAUUUGUAUAUUAGCAACUUUUGUAAUGCAGCAAGUGAAAGCAAGAACAGUCAAUUCAAAUUUUAUUUGAAGGGAUGAACUGUAUAUAUUCUGCUAGGAACUUAAAGCUUCUUGGUUUAGAGAGUGUUUAGUGUUUUAAGAGAAGACUCAUCUAAGAGUCUGCUUGUGCUUUUCUACCCUCACGUAGACAUGGCUGGUUAACCAAACCGGUGGUUCAUGGCCUUUAAAAGUAGGAACUGAGAACGGUCUUAAUCAGGCUGGUUUAAUUCAAUUUCGAUUCAAUCGGGCUGGUUUAAUUCAAUUUCGAUUCUGUAAAAUGAUUCCGGUUUUGGAUCCAA